CCUGUCUGUCAUGGCACUGCCAGGACCUGUCCCUGUCCAUAAUGCCACUGCCAGGACCUGUCCCUGUCCCUGUGGGCACUGCCAGGACCUGUCCCUGUCCAUAACGGCACUGCCAGGACCUGUCCCAGUCCAUAAUGCCACUGCCAGGACCUGUCCCUGUCCAUAAUAACGCUGCCAGGACCUGUCCCCGUCCCUGCGGACACUGCAGCUCCGCGGGGCGGCUCCAUGGGGUGCCCCCCAGCAGCCGGGUGCCCCCGCAGCAUGUCCCGUGCCCCCGGCAGGCAGCACAAGCUGGAGGAGAACCUGCUCUUCUCGGGGAAGUUCACGGACGCGCUGCAGGCGCUGAUGGACUGGCUGUACCGCGCCGAGCCGCAGCUCAGCGAGGACGCGCCCGUCGGGGGCGACCGCGACCUGGUCGGGGACCUCAUGGACAAGCACAAGGUGUUCCAGAAGGAGCUGGGCAAACGCGCCAGCUGCAUCAAGACGCUGAAGCGCUCGGUGCGGGACCUGACCCGCGGCAGCAGCAGCGUGGACUCGCAGUGGCUGCAGCGGCAGGUGGAGGAGCUCAGCACCCGCUGGGACCUGGUUUGCAAACUCUCCCUGUCCAAGCAGGCCCGGCUGGAGGCGGCGCUGCGGCAGGUGAGGGCGGGGGGCAGCGGGGACCCCGCCUGGGGGG